AUGGCGAGCCUCUCCCUCCUCACGCGCUCCAUGCGCACCCUCUCCCUCUCCUCAACGACCGCCCUCCGAACCGUUGCCCGUCCCAAGACCUCCACAGUCGCCACCAGAUUCCAGACGACCCGGUCGCUCUCCUCCAAGUCGCACGGCCUGUUUUGCUCGUGCUGCCGGCCGACCCUCUCCAAGAUCGUUUCCCAGACUACACAGACGGCUCCAACAUCGAAUGGGGCUGCUGCCAGCAAGGCGGUGGGGGUGGCGGUUCAGCAGACGAGGGGGAUGAAGGUUCACAGUUCCGUCAAGAAGAGGUGUGAGCACUGCAAGGUUGUGAGGCGAAAGGCGGGGAAGAGACAUCGGGGGUACAUUUACAUCAUUUGCCCGGCGAAUCCAAGACAUAAGCAGCGCCAGGGUUAA